AUGUCAUAUUUACUAACGGAGAUUGCAUUGGAAAUGUUGGGCUAUAAAUUCUACGAUAUUUAUGGCGUACCCGAAGAUAUAAAUAACUUUCAAAAUCUCGCAGCAACAGAUCGAGGCACUGAUGGUAAUCCAGCCAAUGCUGAACCACAUUUAGCCACCAUACUAGGUUUGGAUAACCAAAUGUCCGGUGAUAGAAAUACUACAAAACGUAACCAUAGUAAUCUUGCACAAACAUCGCAACCCCAGCCCCCGGGAAACAGUACAUCAUCACCACAGGAUGUAAUCAAAGUCAAAAUACCCGAAUUAUUGGCCAAAUUAACCGAUAUUGAAAUCAAUAAAGUCAAGGAACAAGUUUUAAGAAAUAAACCAUCUCUACCGGCCGAUAGUCCAAAUGAGGCGAAAUCCAGUAUACCGCAUCUAAUCGAAUUGCAACAUCAAAAACUCAGUGUGGAACAGCAGAACUUACAAAACUUUCGUAAAUAUGUGGAGCUAAGUUUGAUGCAAUUUAAUCCGGUGUGUUUUGAAAAAUAUCUGGAAAUGUUUAAAGGUACAUAG